AUGUCCUUCAUCAAUUUCGCAAGUUUGCGUCCAUCUGUCAUGAUUUUUGUGCCUGAUGGUCCAAUGUCUACUUCCCCGGUCUCAAUUCUAUAUAGUUCCAAAUGCGUGGCUUUAGAGGCGAUGGUUCCAUCAGUUCUCUUCCCCCGCUACUGGCUAUUCGAAGAGAUAUCGUUCAUCACGGAGUGUAGUGGUCCUCUGAAAUCAUUUACAGCACCUUUGGGAUUAUCCAACGAGUCAGCCCUCCCGAUGAAUGGCAGAAUUUGCGAUGGCGCAACCAGGAACUUAUCAAGCUCGUCAUUUUUUCAGCGAGGCAAUGUCAUUGUUAUGGUCCCACCAAAGUCUGUUCCUGACAAUAGUUCCCAGAAUGGCCCAUUAAACUGUUUAGAGUUUUUUAUAAACCUGUCUUCCAUAUCGAUGAGUGCAUUAGGGUUUAAGGAGCCCUUUGACGAGCAAGGUAAACAGCUAAGAAGUAAUGGCUGCGGUGCACUUGAGUUUGACGUAGUAUCAUCUAUAUCAGUUGAUGACGCCAAUUCCUCUGAGGCAGGUCAUUGGUUAAUAGUGGGACUUGGUGUUGGCAUAUUACAAGAAAUCAGAGCAUUCAAGUGUGCGGCCUUGACAGAAGAUGACCUCGAACGUAGCACUCGAGUGGAUGGCUCCAUGACGGCUUUGCGUUCUAAUAGAAUGAUGAGAAGAAAAGAGAUUUCAAAGAGAAAUAUCUUGCUUGAAUAA